UUCAUCUGUUUCAUUUCUUGUACACUGCCCCGAAGCUCAUAGCUGCUGCUCGAUCUCGGGAGAGUUGGUUUCGGGUCAGAUUUGGCAUUGUGGUUCACCAUGAGGAAUCCUUCUCUUUUUGGAAGGAUACCCUUGUUGUGCUUCUUCUUGGUGUCAUUUGUAUUUGCUGCAACCUUGUGCUAUGCUGAUGUGAAGACGGUCGAGGUCGUUGGCAUUGGCGAAUGUGCUGGCUGCAAGGAGAGUAACAUCAAAACUAGCCAUGCCUUGUCAGGACUAAAAGUAGCCAUAGCUUGCAAAUCAAGUGAUGGCCACUUCAAAACAAGAGGAAUUGGAGAGCUAAACGACGAAGGACAGUUCAAAGUAUUGCUUCCAAAUGCCAUUGUGAAAGAUGAAAAAUUGAAGGAAGAAUGCUAUGCACAGCUUUACAGUGCAUCAGCCACCCCUUGCCCUGCCCAUCAUGACCUUCCCUCCUCUAAGCUCAUUUUGGUGUCCAAAUCAGACCAGACACACACCUUUGGGCUCUCAGGUAACCUCAAGUUUUCACCUCAAACUUGCACAUCAGCCUUCUUGUGGCCAUUUUUCAAGUACCCUCCCCUCCCAAACUUCCCUCACUUUCCUUUGCCUCUCCCUCUAAUCCCCAAGUUUCACCAUCCAUACUUCAAACACUUUGUUCACCCAUUCUACAAAAAACCAACUCCACCACCGGUUCCCAUUUACAAGAAGCCUAAUCCUCCUCCUGUCUACAAAAAACCCCUUCCACCGCCGGUUCCUGUUUACAAAAAGCCUCUUCCGCCACCGGUUCAUGUGUAUAAGAAACCACUUCCACCGUCUGUCCCUGUUUACAAAAAGCCUCUUCCUCCGGUUCCUGUGUAUAAGAAACCACUUCCACCACCGGUUCCUAUUUACAAGCCUCCCAUCCCAAAGAUCCUACCGCCACCUAGUCCCAUUCCAUUUUUGAAGCCAAAACAUCCCUUCUUCAAGCAUCUACCUCCCAUUCCAAAGAUACCCCAUCAUCCUUUCCUUAAGAAGCCAUGGCCUCCUAUUCCUCACUUCCCUCCUCUUCCCAAUUUCCCACCAAAGUACUUCUCCCACCACAAGUUUGGAGGUUUCCCUAAACACCCACCUUCUGCUUCUCAUCAUUAGCCUGUUAUUGCCUUCAACAUGGUAUUGUGCAGUGGAGGUUUAGUCACUUUCAGCUGCUGCAAAUAAAGCUCCAGUUUCUGGCAUAGAAAUGGAAUCAAAUCAGUGAGUGUUAAAAGGAGCAGGACUGAACUGUUGUUUGUUUUGUUUUUACAUUUAAACUUAGAUUUGUGUGGAUUGUUAAGAUUGUUGUGAUUCUGUAAAUUUAAUGAACAAUUUUUCGUUCAGAAAAUUGUACUCUCAGAUUCUUGCAUGUUCUUUAUUUCAGAAAUGGAAAUGAAAAGGCACAAAUGCUUCAAUACUUU